AUGGCUGGUCUGCAGUUCCCUGUGGGUCGAGUCUACAGGCUCCUUAGGAGAGGCAGCUAUGCUGACAGGAUCAGCCCUGGUUCUGCAGUCUACAUGGCUGCAGUGCUGGAAUACCUGACUGCGGAGAUCCUGGAGCUGGCAGGGAAUGCUGCACGGGAAAACAAGAAGGCCAGGAUCCUGCCCCGACACAUCCAGCUGGCUGUGAGAAAUGAUGAUGAGCUGAGCAAGCUCUUCGCCUGUGUGACCAUCGCUCAAGGAGGGGUGUUACCUAAUGUUCUUCCUGAGCUCGUUCCUAAGAAGACAGUGACACUUAAGUCACCCCACAAAAAUGGUCAUUCACAGGAGUUCUAG